UUCGCCUGCGUGGACGCAGCUCAGUGCUGCAAAGGGAGAGGGCGGGUGGCAGUGAGAGCGCCGGGCCGCUGCUUUUCUCUCCAGUUUUUGCUUUAAAAAAAAAAUUUUUUUUUUUUGGCCUGAAAGGACGCUGGUGCUGCAAAAAAAAAAAAAAGGGAGGUCCCCGGCAUCAGGGCGGGAAGAUGGACUAGGAAGUUGGGGCCUUUUGGUUAUCCUGCCUGUACUUGAAAGAGUAUCAGGUGAAGAGUCUGUGCUGGUGUCUUUAAGGGAAAUUGUUAUUUCUUGCCUGAGAAAGAAAUCAUAGAAGGAGGAAGAAAUGGAUAUUUUUCAGGAGCUGCUGACGUUCCGGGAUGUGGCCAUUGAAUUCUCUGCAGAGGAGUGGGAGUGCCUAGACCAGGCCCAGCGGGAUCUGUACUGGGACGUUAUGUUGGAGAACUACGGACAUCUGGUCUCCUUAGGUCUCACCGAUUGUACUGCAGACCCGAUCCCCUUUUGGGAGCAAAGGAAGGAAUUGCCAUGGAGGGACUGCAGAAAUGAAAAGAUAGCCAUCCAACCAGAUAUAUCCUCUUAUAUAUAUACUCAGGAAUUUUUGCCAAAAUUGGAUGGAGAAGAUUCGUUUCCAGAAGUGCUACUGGAAAAAUAUGAUACUUGUCUCUUUGAGACUGUGUCAUUGGUCAACAACUCAGAUAGUGAUGUCAAGUAUGAAGUACAAAAAAGUUUUUAUGAUGACCCUAUCCAAACUGUGACAAAUGCCUAUAAUAUCAACACCAAAAGAGAACAGGGAUUUGAAACCUAUUGGGAAAACCUCUACUACAAGUCAUUUAUGUUUCCAGGGAACCAUUACAGAUGUAGCAACUGUUGGAAAGUUUAUUAUCAAGUUUCAGACUUUACUAUACAUCAGAGUGCCCCUGUUGGGGAAGAGUCUUACAUAUGUAAUGACUGUGGUGUAGCUUUCAGCCUGUCUUCAAAAGUAAAUCACCACGGUAAAAUCAAUGCAAUGAAGAAAUCAUACAUAUGUGACAAAUGUGGAAAAGGCUUUGCGCAGUCGUCGGAUCUAAACAGACAUAAAAUAAUCCAUACUGGAGUGAAGCCUUACGAAUGUAAGGAUUGUGGUAAAACCUUUAAUUAUUGUUCAAAUCUUAUUCAACAUCAGAGAAUUCAUACUGGAGAGAGACCAUACAAAUGUAAAUAUUGUGGUAAAACCUUUAAUCAGUGCUCAAACCUUGCUCAACAUCAGAGAAUUCAUACAGGCGAGAAACCCUACAAAUGUAAAGAAUGUGGAAGAGCCUUUAACCACUGCUCACGCCUUACUCAACAUCAGAGAAUUCAUACUGGAGAGAAACCUUACCAAUGUAGAGAAUGUGGGAAAGUCUUCACCCGUUACCCACACCUGACUGUACAUCAGAGAAUUCAUACCGGAGAGAAACCCUACAAAUGUAAAGAUUGUGGUAAAACUUUUAACCAGUGUUCGAGCCUUACAAAACAUCAGCGAAUUCAUUCUGGAGAGAAACCCUAUGAAUGCAAAGGAUGUGGCAAGACUUUUAACAACUGCUCAAACCUUACUCAGCAUGCCAGGACGCAUACCGGAGAGAAACCUUAUGAAUGUAGAGAUUGUGGUAAAACCUUUAAACAUUUCUCAAGUCUUACUCAACAUCACAGAGUUCAUACUGGAGAGAAACCUUACCAGUGUAGAGAAUGUGGCAAGCCCUUCAACCGGUUUUCAAGCCUAAAUCGUCAUCAGAGAAUUCACACUGGAGAGAAACCUUACAAAUGUAAUGAUUGUGGUAAAACCUUUAAACAGUUAUCACAUCUUACCCAACAUCAGAUAAUUCAUACUGGAGAAAAACCUUACAAAUGUACAGGAUGUGGUAAAGCCUUUAGCCGUUACUCACAUCUCACUGCACAUCAGAGAAUUCAUUCAGGAGAGAAACCUUACAAAUGUAAAGAUUGUGGCAAAGCUUUUCACCGUGUCUCAAGCUUUAGUCGACAUCAGAGACUGCACACUGAGCAUAACCUUAAAAAGGUAACAAUUCUGCCAACCCCUUCAAUUGUCACACCUUACUCACCAUCACAAAAUCUGUGCUAUAGUGAAACCCUACAGAUGUAAAGAACAAUGAAGCCUUCAACUGGUACUCAAACCUUAGUGGUCACCUGAGGAUUUAUAAUAAAGAAAAACUUCCACAAAUCUAAAAAAUUUGGAUAAGGUCUUUAAGUAGAAAUAAACAUCCUGGUUAUCAUCAAGUAAAACAUAAUGGAUAUAAACUACAAAUGUAAAGGCAGAAAGACCUUUGUUUUAAAAUAUAGAUUUUAGAGAACACCAGAGUGCCAAAGAACAGAAGUUUAAAGAUGUUUAAAAGAAGGAGAAGAAAAAAACUUCGGAAAGUACUGAAAAAUCAAAUCUAUUUGAAAAUCAACUGAUUCACAGCAGAAAGUGAAAACAUGCUACAGAUAUCAGUCUAAAUCAGUAUUAAUUAUAGAGGACUGUACAAAGUUAAGCACUUAGGUUGUCUACUUGUUAAUCUUCAAAGAUAAAGGUGGUGGAUUUUUAACAUAUAUGGUUAUUUCAGUGUGUCUGUUUUUAUAUUGAUUGACCAUACUUGAGAAUAGGAGUAGCAGAUAUUUUCAAUGAAUUCCACUCUCAAGUCACUUUAUGUGAUAACAUUUAUUCCUUGUAUGUAAAUGAACUCAUUGAUAUCUUAAAGAUAAGGAAUGGCCAUCAUUAUUAAGUAGAUUCAUAUACUAUAUAUAUAUGUGUGUGUGUAAUAUAUAUAUAUAUAUAUAUAUAUAUAUUACACACACACAUAUAUUUUUUUUCUUUUUUUAAACAGAAGAUUAAGAACAGUGUAAGGUACAAUAUAUGAGAAAUGGAGAUGUUGUUUGUUUUGGAGUUGAUAGAUGUUAGCCUGGAAUAGGUUAUCAGGGCAUCAUCAUUUUAGUAACACAGGAUAGUCUAAAAAAAAUUUUUAAAGUUUUAAACAAUUGUUCUUUAAGGAUACAAAGAACUUACAGUCCAUUGUUAUACUGGUGUAUGAUAAUAAAUAGAAAUAGAAAGUAGUCGAGAAUAUUUGUAGGUGUGGUUGAAAUAAUGUAACCAUCACAGAGAAUUGAAUUGGACUUUUAGUGGUAAACUUGAUAGUAUAUGCACAUUAUUGAUUUUUUAUGAUAACCACCUAAUACAUAUAGUGUUAUAAUUCAGUGUUACUUCAGUUAAUAGGAAGUCUUACAGAUACUGGAGAAAAUAGCUAAUCAUCAUAUAAAUAACUAUAUAUGUAGCUACUCUUUAAGGGGCAUAACAUUACUAUGUUCACAUGUUUCUUUUUUAUUUGUCUGUUUUUUUUUUACAGAGCAGGACUUUGCACGUGGUACUUACAUUGUGCUCAGGCUGACUUUUUCAUUCAGAUAGAGAUAGGGAGUAAGGGAGGGACCCUAUAGCACCGACAUUUUUCCUGGUGCAGCCUUAACACUCCUACGUGAUCACGCUAGGGCUCUUACCUGACCACACACAUGGUAAAGCAUUCACCCUCCCUGAUGAGCCAUCUCUCUAGCCCUGCAUCCUUUUCUGUUUUGUUUUUAAUACUUAGUCAGAGUCUUGGAAGUGAUAGGAAAAAAACUCUCACAUCAUGAUAUCCUAACAAAUAUACAUAAAUGCCCAUGAUGUGUGUUGUGCAGUAGUCACAUGGUGGAUUUUGGGAUGCUUUAUUCAGGUUUGUGUGAACUUAAUAUAUUUUAAUGAAUAAAACUGAAGACUCUUAAUGUGUCAACACUGAUGUUCAAUGAAUUAAAUACUAUCCUACCAGCAAAGUUCAACUAUUCCUCUUUACUCAAGGUUCGUAGGGAGACAGACAGUAACCCCUGACUUGGUAGCACUGUGGAGUGAUGUCACUACUAAACUACUUCACCAAAAGCCUUACAGCUCAGAUUGGUUUUUUUGUUUGUUUGGUUUGGUUUGGUUUGGUUUUGGUUUUCACAAUUCACCUACUGAAUUCUUUUCUUCUCUUUGUAAAUAUUUGGUCAGAGUGAUGAAUUAUGUAAAGGUUACAUAGUAUAAGUAUUGUUGAGAGAUUAACUGACCUUACCAUAGUCCAUGGCACCCUUUAUGGGCUACCAGUGUGUUUGCAGAGGCACUAGACUGAGUAUCGUUCUUUCUACCAAUGUAAUUCCUAGACAGCUUGUCAGAGACAGGUACAAAAGUAAGUUCCUAAAGUGGCUUCCUCAACAGUUCUUGUGUACAGAAGUCACUACAUUUCCCAGGGCCUCUAACACCACAGGCCCCUCUUUUUAGUUUGAGCCAAUCUAGUUCAAGAAAAUCCACCCCCCCAAAAAAAAAGGUAUGUACCCCAGCUCAUAUGCCAUGUUUGUGUACAAUUAUAUGUUCAGUAUUAGUUGUGUAACAUAUUGUACAGUUAGAAUAUACUCUGGUAGAGUGAUGUAUGUAGUUGAAGUAAGAUAUUGAAAGAGCCAGUAUGAAUUCUACAUCAGUUGGAUAUGUUUUUCCCAACUGAUUUGAGUUCAGGAGAUUAAGUCUGUUGCCUGUUCUGAUUAUUUCCAGCUAUUUCCCCAUUAAAGAAAGCAGAGCAAAUACUGGUUAAUAUCACCAGCCAUACAAGAAGCAGGUGUUUGAAUGCUGUUUGGAAGAUCAUGAUGAAAGUGGAUUUUUCUCCCCUAAUAGAUUUGAUGACAUUUGUCAACUCUGAAGUCUGACUUUUGUUUUUGUACCUUUUAAAAUUUCCAAUAUUAAAACCAAUUUUAUGAAAUAAAAUCUGGGACAUGGAAGUUGUUGAUUGAAUAGUAACCUAAAUUAAUUAAAUUUUAAUAUGUGUGAUAGGGGAGGGAAAUUUUGGCCACCAUAAUUUCCCUCUUUGUGGUGUUAAACUUACAAAGUUUGUUUCUGUACCAGUUUCAAUAAAAGUUUUCUUAAAAUA